ACAAUACCUAACUGUCCGUGCAAGUCUUACCGUAGAUGAUAACGAUCUCACGGCGUAAGCGAGGGGAAUCGAAUGAUUCACGCGCCACGCGUUCCUUUCCCACUGGAAGAAUCAAAGUCCCGCAAACUCGCACACUGAUAUAGAAGAAGCAGAAGAAAAGCAAAGAAAUGCGACAAAACAGAUAGCUAUUCCCAUUCUCAUCCCCGUGCUGUGUCCCAUAUUCGAGAGAGAAUGUCGAGAAACGACGACGUAGAGGGAGAGAACGUGGCCCCAACGACGAGCAGCACCACCAGAGUGAGAAAUAGACCAGACCCCUUCUUGGUAGCGUGUAGGUGCUUCAGCUUCGUCACCUCUUUGGCUGCCAUUCUUUGCAUCGCCGUUAACGUCCUCUCUGCCGUCCGUUCCUUCAAACACGCCUCAGACAUUUUCGAUGGUAUAUUUCGGUGUUACGCGGUUCUAAUUGCGGCUUUUGUGGUCCUCAUUGAGACUGAAUGGAGUUUCAUCCUCAAGUUCUCGCAGAUUUUGGAGUAUUGGGCUGCCAGGGGUAUGCUGCAGAUCUUUGUUGCAGUCAUGACGAGGGCUUUUCCUGAAUAUAUUGGGGACCGAAAGGACCUUUUUCUUCUUCAGAGCAUAGCGAGUUAUAUACUGCUUGCCUGUGGCGUAGUUUAUGUUGUUUCAGGUAUCCUAUGCAUUGGUUUUCUUAAGCGUGCCCGCCAAAAGCAGGAGAUUACAAGAGAACAAGCAACUAAGGAUCUGGAGGAGUUGGAACGGCGCAAAGAGGAACUUGAACAACUGCUCCUUGCAGAAAGAGUUUAAAACACUUGAAAGUAGUGCUUGCAUAUUGGAGAUAAGUCCACAACAAACCUAUGAAUCUCUGUAUAUGUUAGUAUUGCUUGCAGAUUUGCUUGUUCAUUCUUUUGUAACUAUUGAAUUAUGUUCUUAGAUGUAGGCCAUUAAAGAUAGGCCAUUGGCCUAUUCUUUGUAAAUAUAUAAAGUAAAUUUAAAACUGUCUCAACUUUUCUAGAGUUUUGAAUAGAUAUAUAAUAAACUCAUUACUUUUGGGGAGCAGCUAUGUUGUGAUUGAUUGAGGUAUUUUUAACAUUUAUCAUAUUCAUUAACUAAUGUUAUAGCUAGGGAUCACUAUCAGAAUUUGCGAUUUAGGAUUUAGUUUUGAACUUUGUCUCAUCCAGUUUUUAUUUUUGUUUUUUAAGUGACCUGCGGUUUCCAUUCCCUCGACAAGUAAGAAAGUAAUCUCUUAGCACUAAAGCGAAGAUUCUUCCCAAUAAAUUUUUUUUUUCUAAAUAUGAUAUCGAAAUUGUACCAAGAGGGGAAAUCUCGUAAAAUAAUAUCUUAAAUUCAAUUCUAGAACAAAUGAUCUUGCUUUUUUUUGUGUGUGUAAAAAAAAGAAAAUUUAUCUUUAGCCAUUAUAGAAGUGAAGGAAAAAGUGAAAUGGGUAAAUAGGAGAAAGUAAAAGUGUUGUUCUACUUUCAGGAAAAUCUUGUAAAUGCCAUAUAGAUAAGCAUCGAUGGAUUAAGGAAACAUCUCUAUUUGUGCAGUUCACAAUAAACCAAACUACGGGAACUGGAUUACUGAAAGCCAUAUUUCGACUCCGGAUGUUUUCGGGAUGCCCCUAAUAAUCAACGAAUGACAAGUGUUUUUCCUUGUGUGGAUCCUAUUUUAAUGGAAACUUGAUGAGUCGAUCCGCCUACGCAUCUUGCUUUUACUGCUAUAUCGAUAGUUACUCCACAUAUUGCUUGACCUAAAACAGAUAGUGAAUUUGUUUCUGUCUUUUGUUGAAUCUUUUUCAUAGCUCGAUAAAUAAUUUGAUAAGCCAAUAAUUUUUU